AUGACGACUGUCGAAGUGGCCAGAGAUGGAGUGGCGUUGUUGUACUGCGCAAUCAUAUUGCUCGUGUUGAGUUGGAUCGUCUUCUCCAUGAGAGUCGGGGUACGGAUGUGGAGGAAAGCGUGGGGCAUGGAUGACUACUUCAUGCUCGUCGGAACUAUUCUCUUUUCAGUAACAGCUGCUCUUUGCAUCGUCUGUUGUCACUAUGGCUCUGGACAGUUCGCACGAGAGCUGCCCACGGUGACGAUAUCCAAAGGAACAAAGCUCUUUUACAUCGCAGAGUACUUCUACGCAGUCAGCGCCAUGUUCGUCAAGAUCAGUGUUGCAGUAGCGCUUCUGCGCAUCGCUGUUGGUCGUCGCUUCUUCACGUGGGCUUUAUGGGCGCUGAUCGGUGCUACCAUGGUUGCCGCUCUAGUGUUCUGCAUAGGAAUUGCAAACAUCUUUGCUGUCAUGCUUGCGCUCGCUUCUUUUGCCUCAUGUGCUACCAUCGUCCGCCUCAAGUACCUCACACUCUACAGUGACCCUGGCGAGUUCAUGUACAGUACGGGCAAAAUCGGCUUCUGGUCCUUGACCGAAGUCGGCAUUGGCCUCAUCGCCGGUUCGCUACCUCCUCUUCGCCCUCUCCUAUCCCUGCGCAUUAGGGUAUCCGCCGGCUCCAAUAGUCCUGCUGCAUCUGGCGGACAAGCAUACCAAUCUGGAAUAAACAAUCGGCAGCCCACCUCGCGCUCCCGCGUGAUAGCCAUGGACACGUUCCAGACCUUGGGCGACAACGACGAGGCCGAUAAUAGUGAUGGAGACUCUCAGAAGAAUAUCAUAAAGGAGACGAAGUUCACAGUAACUUCGGUCAUUGCUGGAGGUCCUCGAGACCCGGGGCCUAUGGCUUGGGAUCGUAAGGAGGGAAGCAACGUCUGA